AUGCAGAAAAUCUCCAAUGCUGGGAUGAUGGACAGGAGAAAAAAAGGCUUGUUCUAUAACUGUGAUGCUAAAUGGAGCCGUGACCAUGUAUGUGCUUCACCAAGAUUAUUUCUUAUUGAGGAGAUUGAGGAAAACGUGAACAUGCUGAAGGAAGUUGAGGAGGAAUUUGAUCUAGAGUAUUGGUAUAAUGCUACAUGGUAUGCAUCUACUAAAAUAACACCUUAUGAAGCUGUGUAUGACUUACUUCCUCCCCAGUUGCUUACCUAUAUACCGGGGACUACAAAGCUAGAAGCGGUAGAUGAGACUCUUCAUUCUAGAGAGCAGAUUCUGUCUUUGUUACUACAUAAUCUGCAACAGGCACAACAAAUGAUGAAAAAUUAUGCUGAUUUAAGGAUAUCAGAAAGGAAAUUUGAAGUGGGUCACAUGGUUUACCUUUGGCUUCAACCAUAUCGACAACAAUCAGUGGUUACAUGUAAGUCAUUGAAGUUGUCUCGUUUAUUUUAUGGAUCAUUCCAAAUCAUUUGCAAGGUUGGAGAGGUGGCUUAUGAUUUGGAUCUGCCGAUUGAAGCUCGUUUCCAUCCUAUUUUUCAUGUGUCUCAAUUGAAGCUUAAGUUGGGCACGACAAACUAUCUUCUCCCAAAACUUCCACCAGUUGAUCUUCAUGGUGUUUUACAACCAGAACCUUUGAAGAUUUUGGCCAGAUGA